AUGGUGAUACUUGGUUUCAUGCUAAACUAUAUGCUGCGCGUCAACAUGACGAUCGCCAUAGUGUCGAUGGUGAUGCCGAGCAACGAUACUUCGGUACACUCGGACAGUAGCGACACGAGCGAGUGCUUCGAUCGUCAAAUCGAGGCAAACGUUACCUCGUUCGACGACGAUGGAUCAACGAGCAAGGUCGACCCCGAUCCUGCUGCAACCUCCUCGUCCCUUUAUCCGGUGCGUGCAACGCACGAAGAGACCAAUUGGACAAAGUACCCGUGGAACGAGUAUCAGAUCAAUCUGGUGUUGGGUAGCUUCUUUUGGGGCUACGUGUGCACCGAGUUACCAGGUGGACGCCUCGCUGAGGUAGUCGGGCCUAAAAGGGUGUUUGGGUACAGCAUGUUGGUGUCCAGCGCGAUCACCUUCUUAACGCCUCUGUCGGCCACCUACGGCUACGUCGCCGUCGUUCUUUUGAGAACGCUACUCGGAUUCAUGCUGGUGGGUUUUCCUUUCGCUGUUCCAACACCUCUGUUGGACCACGACGAUCUCGCGUCAGUCGUCAGGUCGUCGAGUCUAAUCGAUUUCGUGCGUGUACGCUGCAGGGAGCUACCUGGCCAGCCAUCCAGCCAAUGA